GCCGUUUUGAGGUUCUAGGUCGUUCGCCACGCAUUCUCCUUGAUAUCUUAGAUUAAACUUUGUUUACCAUUUGAGUGUUUGAAAUAAUUGAUCUCGUUCUUAUAUUAUUACAAAAGUCAACACUUAUAUUAAUGCUCGUAGUCCUGUAAGCCCCAUAAAUUUCAAAAGAACUCAUUCUUAAAAUAAGUGAUGUAUAAUAGUAAAAUUUUUAAAACUCCCAUAUAUGACUACACAUACAUGUACUCUUUGUAGCGUUGAGAAUGUAGUUCUCACGUUAUUUAUAAGGAAAGUGGGAAACAUUAGCUGCUACCGGGCCAACUCUGAGUUUUUUUCUUAAAGUUCUCGUAUAGUUUUCAUGAUCAAAUGAAGCGUAUGUAAAACUACAACACUCUUGGUCAAUUAAAUCCAUUUUACAUUUUCUCUAUGUCUAGGUUAAUUAAUCCCGUUGUGUGCAUACUAGCCUUAUUAAUGAAACGACCAAUGGUUUUAAAUUUGACCGCAAACUUUCUUGAUCAAGUAUCAACUAGUUAUUUGUUGUAUGUUUUCGCGGCACACCAAUCUCAUCCUUGCAAGGUGGCCCACGGAGUUGCUGAUACAUUGAGUAUUUUAAGGAAAUGUAUCCCCUUAAACCUUGACUACAGCAGGUUUUCAUGCCGUUUGUCCCUUUUAAAAUUGUCCACAUAUGCACAGAACUGGUUUUUAAGCAGUGCUUGCUCUUAACUUGGUUUAAGCUCCUAGGACCUCUCACAGUAAGGAACAACAUAUUGCGUCAUAUGGAAACAUCUCUGAUGGUGAAGCAAACACGUGCUCUUGUCUAUUUUAGGAUCGUUCUAGGCCAUUAAUAGUUAUCAUUGAUUUGUGUGAGAGAUGGAAUACUAACCGGGCGCCUAGACCGAAGCAGGUGGUCUUUUCAAGGAGCCUCACCCCGAACCUUUGACUUAAAGGUCUAGUCCACAAGGCAGUGGAGCAACAUUAGGAGAUGCAGUCCCAUGGUAGCCGGUGACCAACAAUGAGUUCAUUUGCCGUUUGUUCCCUCAGGAUAUUAGAACCCAUAUGCACCAUUGGUUUGAAAUCAGGGUUUUCCAACUCCCUAGGUGGGUCCACCGACCCGGUUAAAAUACCGGACAUUCGCUUUUCGUCCUCUCAAUUUUAUAAACAACACCCGCCUCGAUAAGGGAGUGAAUAGAACUUCCUUGGCAGUGGCUGUACACUAUUGAAAGUUAGAGGUUUAUGUAGGCUGAGGAUGUGCUAUGAUCUCAUAGCUGUAGAAGCUAAUCCUCAACAGCUUAACUGGCUUAUAAUACGUAUCUUUUCAACCUCUAAGUUUUGAUAUUCAAUUAAAAUGCCUUCCUAAACACUUGUAAAGUUUUAUGAAGCUUAAAAUAUUGCCUGUACUCUAACUCCCAUAAUUCAUCAGUAAAACUUUGAAAUUCGGGUAAACAACGUAGAACUUUGAGAAAUUAUUGCUCUCUGUUGUGCGACAAUAGUAACAUCAACUUAAAAGGCAAAACUUGGAAGUAAUAUGCCUUUGCAAUUUAUGGAUUCAUAUCAUGUAGUCUUUAGUCACUGAUAUCAGUUACUAUGAAAGUAUCAAAUAUGUAUAUUCUUUCAUAUGGCUCGGAUCAGUUGGUGACAUAUUUUGACCUUACCGAUUUUGGCCGUCGCCGACCCAAUGUAGUUCACGAGUGUAGUCGAUGGUUGAUGUAUUUCGUCUCAGAUAAUGCUCCUAAAACAUGAUCUAUAGUGUUUGAUUUUCAAAUGCAGUGAAUCCUUAGUAUUUAUAUAUUAACAACUGUAUAAAAAUUAUACAUACAAGUAGAAACAUGUAUUACUUGAAUUGCCUCAACUUUCUACCCACAUACAACGUAUUCAAGUGGCUUAACGAGCCAAGUUAUGUUUGGAAGAUAGUUUUCCUUUGUUGUUUGGCGAACUUCAUUAACGCAGCUGAUCGAGUUAUCAUGCCUAUUGUUAUAAUUCCCAUAUCGAAUCACUUUGGCUGGAAUCUUCACCAAUAUGGAUUAGUUCUGAGUUCGUUUUCUGUAGGCUAUCUUGGAAGUAUGAUUAUAGGUGAAAGAGCAGCAAGACGAUAUGGUGGAGGUCUGAUCCUUAGUUUUGCCAUCGCAUUCUGGUCAUUGUCAUCCCUCCUCACUCCAUUCUUUGCUCACUCUAUUCGCUCUCUGAUAACUGUGCGUAUACUACUUGGCUUAAGAGAAGGAAUAGGUAAGAAAGAUAUUUUGUCGAUCUAAAAUUGAAAAUCAUAAUCAAAACUCAAAUCUGAAUGAAAAUUUGGUUGUUAAAAGAUCUAAAUGAUGUUCUAUAGCUUAACAUAUUUGAUUUGGAGAAAUCAGUUACGAAAGGAUUAGUUGAAUAAAUCAUUAAUUAUAAACAGUUAUCGCUUGUAUCCUACCCACAAAGCAAGCCUAUUAGCGUCAGGCAGAGUUAUGCAUAUUCCCAAUCUCAUUCUGUUAAGAGAUUCUUUAUGGUAUGUAAAAGUAUUGUUGUUUCCAUCAUUUGGAAUAUAUUUUUUGAAGGAUAAGUGGUCUGAAAUUUCUACCACAGGAUAGGGUUUUCAACGUCAUGUUUAUAUACAACUCAAUAACAUGGUAUUGUAAAAUACAUUUGAUUCUUAAAAAAUUCUUACUUCUUUCACCAUGUACCAAUCUUCAGCUAGACCAAACAGGUUCAUAACAAACAAUAAAUUAUAUUGUGCUGAAAAGUCAAAUUACCUGCACACAAUGAGUGUUAUUACAAAAUAUUUCAAAGCCUGACGUUCGAUAUCCUGUGGUAUAACUCUACCUGGAACUGUUUACCCAUCAUUUCUUACUAUUAUUAUUGGUUGCUUUGUAUGUCAAAUACCUUUUAUUAGAAGAAAAAUUUCUCUAGAGCUUAUCUGGUAUGUCGUUGUAGCAAAUCGAUCUCAUCAUCUAAAAUGAAUAAUUUCUCAUCCACCUUAAUCAAAAGUUCAUUUGAAAGCCUAAGUUAUUGCAAUAUAUUGAUAUGUAAUAUAUGCUUACUUAGUAAUGUUCCGUGUAGUCACAAUAUUUGUUUUUCGUCGUCUAAUAUAGGUCUUCCUACGGUAUUCCACAUAUUUUCUUAUGUUGUGCCUGUUGAAGAACGCAGUCGAUCUUUCAGUUAUAUGGUCACAUUUGGUGCUGUUGGUCAAACAGUAGCUACCUUGGUUUGCCCUCACUUAAUUUGGUCUCAUUCGUUUUUCAUAUUUGGUUUUAUUGGUCUUGUGUGGAUUUGUUUCUGGAUCCCUGUCUUUAACGUUGUUAGAAGAGCUGAGUCACGAAUUGAGUUGCCUGCUCAACAAUCUCAGCCUUCCAAACCGUCUCUUCGUUGGACUGAAUUCGUUUCACACUGGCCAUUAUGGGCAAUUUACAUUGCUCAUUUCAGUAUGAACUGGUCAAAUUAUAUUGUAAUGCUAUGGUUACCGACCUACUUAGUCCGUUAUUUGGGAGCUACUGAAUAUGCCAUAAUGCUAACAGCUAUACCUUAUAUAUGUAAUUGUAUUGGGAGUGUUAUCGCCGGACGGCUAGCGAAUUACUUAACUAAACGGCAGUUCACUGUACUAACUGUUCGACGCUUAAUGUCAUCUAUUGGUCUUCUUGGUCCAGGUGUGGUACUUUUUUUGUUUUCCCUAUCAAGCAGUGUAACAUCAGCUAUUGUGUGAGUUUUUAGAUUUUUAUUUGUAAUUUUCUCGUUAUCUCUGGAAUAUUGAAUUGGAAUAGCGUUUUGCAACACUCCUUCAGGUAGGGAGUAUCUAAAUAAAUCUGCUUGCUAAUACCACAGUUAGUUUACUUAAUGCUGUCAAGUUCCAUCUUUUCCAGCAUUAUUAUCAAUGUGUCUUCUAUGUAUUUCUUUCCGGUAUUAGAUUAAUCACGAUCCUAAUAACUUUACGAAUAUCCUUUUUGUAUUUAAUUAAAACAUUUUAAAAUAAGACAUCUGUCUUCAAAUUUCCCAACAGGCAUGUAACGUACGUCCAUAAUUUUCUUUCGAUUCCACCCAAAAUUCCCUGCACUAGUUGCAACGAACUACCACAUGAUCUCGCUAUUUUGGUUGUACUCUUCGGAAAUGUUGUGCUUUCCCAAAGUUAUUAAAUUAUUUUCGUUUGCACAGUCCAUGUAAUGCUGUUACUUAGUAUCUGCUAUCCAUGUAUCGUGCGCAUCAGAUAUUAUAUAUAAUUUGGUACUGACAGUCAUAUCAAUUUUGUCUAUAUAUAUUCAAUGUAAAAGUUAAAAACAUUAAGUUUUACUCAUAGCAUCACUUAUGACUAUUUCUUAUACAUUCUUAGUUUCCAUUGAAAUUUAUGGCUACUUGUUACAGGUUCUGUUUUUCUCUGCUAAAUAUGCUCAAAAAGUAUAGUUUUGUUUCAGGGAAACAUACAGUGGUUAGAACUGUUUUGUUAGUCAACAAAAAUCAACGUUGAAGAGUUCCACAAAUUAUCGGGUUUUUUGUAGAAACAGUGAAAGGAACAAUGGUAAAUAGUAAAAGGUUAGGUUGAAGUAAAACUAAGGGACGAGCUAACGUAUAACUUUGCGCCACUUAAGUUAAUUUUGAGGUACGCUUAAGUCUUCCUGCAUGGAAUAAUAAUUUGUUUUAGCUUGAAUUUUCUGAUGCUUCCUGGCACAUUCCUACUCCAAAAAAACACUAGAAACCUUUAUUUUAGAUAGGUGGUUGUGGGUUAUGACCUGUUAUCGAACUAUAUCGAUGUCUAAAGGCUUGCAGCACCACGAAUUUAUCAUCUUUACCUAAAGCAGUGUGACUCUUUUCAUCACUGUGUAACCAAAAAUUUCGCCACAACGGUAUUGAUGUUAAAAUAUCGCUAGUUCAGAUACUUACAGUAUUCUGAUUUCAUUUAUAUUCUUUGACCACAUCGUAUUACCUUUCAGGGCAGUUUUCGCUAUUCAUCUAUGCAUUUCAUUUUGCCUCUGCUUCUAAAGUUGGCGUAAUCUGUUGACUAUCAAACGAUCUCUGUGUCCUCUAGUCUGAGCCAUGUUGGCAGAUGCAGACUACUUGGUUGGGGUCCGCGUGACUAUCGUAACCAAUAGUUGGAGACUGUUGGUGACAUGGCUCAGAAUCGAUCACAAUGGCGUCGGUGUAUACACUCUCUGUCUUCCCUUAAACUAAGAGAUUAAAGUCGCUUCAUAUCUUUCUUUCUACGAACUAAUUCUUUCUUCCUGUACUAUUUCUUUAUUGCAAUCUUUCUUUUAUAUAUUGCCACCUCUGAAUUAACUACUUUUAUGAAUCCGGUGUCCAUCUUGUUGUGUAAAUGAGGUAUGGCAACUUGGACCGAUGCAUAUAUGUGCCUGGUCCUACGUUGUAGCUGACUGACUGACCUCUUAUCAAAGUGUCAAUGGAAUUCAUUUUCACUACGACACUCCAAACUACUUGUCCGAAUAAGUCACUUUCAAAAUCAAUUCUUCACUUCAUAAUCCUUUAUGGCUCCUUUAUAGGUAGCCUGAAUAUUUUCUUAAGGUUGAUGGCGAUUAUCCACUAAUAGCUAUAACAUUGUUCUUUUUUGAAGGGGACGUUAACAUUCAUUUUCGAGUAGCACUUGGUGAAACUUAGCAAUGAUGUUAUUUUCUGCAAUUAUCCAAGGGGAAAUGCAAAUUCUUCAAGUAUGGCGUAACUUGUGUCCAAAUGCAUUAUGGGAAAUAAGAGAAUUUUUGCAAUGCGAUACUCUGGACACCAGGUUUUUAAUUGAGAUUUAAUCUAUGUAAAAGCCAAUGAAGUGUGUUUCAUUCAAAAAGUGAAGAUGACCAGUCAAAUUCAAGCUGGGCGGAAUGGGUUAUUUGUAUUUAUAGGAAAAUCGUCGUUCAUGAGGUUGUAAUGAAGCGUGAUGACAUUAUAGUUAAAACAUCUGAUCCGAAAGACUCCAUGAUGGAGAAAUUUUAUUACAAUUCUGACACUAACAUGCAAUCACAUAUGCGUAACCCUACAGUCAUUUAGUUUUCAUCGGAAUAUGUGAAUUUGAUACAACGAUAAAAAAAUAAGCCUGAUUUCUGUGUCUAUGACAUUUUCCGCCUUCAAUUCUGCUGGACAUUUAUGUAAUCAUGUAGAGGUUGCACCUAAUCAUGCAGGCACCACAUUUAUCAUAAGCAAUAUUUUGGUGAGUAUCAUUAGCUUUUAUUUUGUUUUAUUGGAAACUGAUUCAGAUUUAUCUAUUUAAUACUGGUGUAUGUUUUUGGUAUCUCCUAUGUUGGCCAUCAAAGUUUAUCGUUAAUUGCAGUGACAUUUAGCCUAUCAACAUAAAAAAUCAGUACUACGGUUUAAAAUAAUCGAAAAAGCACAAGAAAUUUAAACUAUAAAUAUCGGGCUAGUGAAGCUUGAGUAAAAAUGAUGAUUGGUUUUAUACUGCUGUCUGUAUUGAUUAUCAACAUUCUCACUCAUUAUUAAAUAAACAGAGAUCAGUUCAUUCCGUUCCUCUUAAAUGUUAACGUAAUGGUGCUUCAUAAUUGAGGGAUAUUUUACUACGCUUAUUGGAUCGUUGACUCUUUCAUCAAUAACUAAUACUGUUACAUUCGUGUGUAAUGUAUCGAUUAAACGUUUCUCCGUUAAUUUGUUCAGGCAUAUUAAUCUCAUACUAUCUUAGCAAAAGAUGUGCUUAAAAAUUUCAAGGUUAGUGGGUUGUAUUUUAUGUAAAUGUUUUUAGAAAAGAUAUAAAGCCCACCUACGUGCUUUGGUAAUAGAGUCUCAAAGUUAUUUUUUUUAGAAGCUGUGAAAUUGAAAGCUGUUGUUUCUUGCAUAUUUAGUUUAUAAUUAGUUAGUGUUCAUACUCAAGUAGAAAUAGAUCAACAGAAUUAUUGUAUCCUGAGCACCUGUCGACUUCAUAUUAUGCAAAUUUGAUUAGUUUUGGGUUAUAAAUAAUUCUCAUGUAGUCGGUUUCUAAGAAGUAACGUAAACAGUUUUCUACAUGCUUUGGUGUAACUCCCGCUACAAUGGAUCGUGAGAAUAGAAUGUUUAAAUUCGAUUAAAUCAUAUAUUCGUGUCGUCCUCCUGAAAAUCAAUGCUAUUAGUAAAGUUGUAGUUGUUGUGUGAUCAUCCUCCAAUGAAUUUUUCUUUCUAUCAUUCUCAGAGAGAUUAUUAUUCACCCUCAGUAAAAAUUCCUCUACGGUCUUGAAAUAAACUUAUACCGUUGUACGAAAUGAAGUUAAAUAAAACAUCCACCUUUCAUUUUUUGUGAAAAUUGAUACCACUAAACCGAUUAAAAAUAAAAAAUAAAGAGGAUAGAAUGGGUGAACGAAUAUCCCAAGGAUUUAAUAUUUUGUACACUUAAAUCAUGAAAUGACAUACAGGAAGUCAUUGAGUCUAAUGGUCUGAACUGGUGGUCAAAAGUACUCAGUGCUACAUAUGACUGUUUUGUGAAGAAAGGUGAGAUGAGGUUUUGGUUUAUUAUUUAAUAUUUCUCUGCCACUGCAAUUAGUGAUAGCGUAAGUAAAUACAGUUUCACGAUUGAAACUUUGUGAGUAUUCGAAGUAGAUGGGAAGGAUUAAUUCUAUUGAUUGUCGUUAAAUCACAGUAUCUGACUACAACUCAGGUUUUCUUUCCGCAGUAAUUUUUGCGUUAAUGUGCGAAUCUGUUUAGUUGUUCUGUUUACUCACAUUCUUAUUGUGUAAAUUCCGGGCUGAAUUUGUCCAUGUGAUAAUUAGUGCACACUUAGGCAUCAACGUGAAGACGUAGAUGCGUAGCCAACUCAUGUUUCAGACAUAAUUUCAAUAAACUAUUAUUUUUUUGAUUUUGUGAAUUUUGAAGAAUGUUAUCACAGUUAAUCUGUGAUUAAAGUUUUUCAGUGAAGUGAUUCACUACCGCUGUUUCGGCGUUAACCCAUUCACUUCUACUUGUUAAUUAUUUCCUCUGUUGCAUUUCCAACUACACUUUCCUAUGUUACUUCUAGUGACCACUUGUAGCGUGCUUUUUACUAUCUGAGCUGUAUAUUACCUCGAAACACUGGUCUAAAUUCUAGAUAAGGUGAUUCUAAUUUAAAUGUAGUAGCAAAUAAGGCUUGGAAAUAGUAUUUAAUAUAGCUAGUUUUUAUAUUGCCUUAUCGUUCAUUGCAUUUUCUACUAUAUAUAGGCUACUAUACCUGGAAUAGUAUGUGGUCCACUGACUGCCGAAUUAGUUAUCACAUCUGGUGGAAGGUGGUUUCCUGUAUUCAUACUAGCUGGUUUUAUAAAUGUAGUUGGUGCUGUUGUGUACAUUAGCCAGAGUUCUACAACGCAAGUAUUGUAAUCAUGCGAAUAACGUGUACAGAUGUCCAUGUACAUUCACUUUUUUUUAUUCUUCUAGCUUUGUAUCUGACUAUUUUCCUACCCAAGUCUAUAAUUUCUCUCCUUACUUAAUUAAUUUAUCAUGAACUGUGCCUUCAACUUUCUGUUUGACGAAAUUCGUUGUCAAAUUUACGUAUCAACCAUCCAUGGUAUCUUCGCAAAGAUAUAGCCAAGAUUUAUCUAUUGAAUUUAUUCGGUUAAAAUUAUUCACCCUUUACUAUAAUGAAAUCACAAUGUUUCGUUAUAAAUUAGUGAAUCGAUAAAUCAUUGUUACUUAUCCCUUGCUUUUAACAAAUAAUACUGAGUGUUAAAAAUGACUUAAUACAGUCAGUCAGUAACAACGUAGAACCUCGUACGUACGUACAUCAGUUCGAGUUGCCACACCACAUUAGCACAGAGAUGCAGUUGUCGAUUCAAAUCCCGUAGUGGUAGAGGUAAUAAGAGUAUAAGCAGUAAUCGGGAAGAUUAGGGUUUGGAGAUGUUAUUUAAAGAGUAUAAUCCAGUGAAAUAAAUUUGGAAAGAGGAAAAAAGGGACAUGAAGAAUUCAGAAGAUUAGAAUUUGGGAGAACACAAAGAGUGGAUGCACCUGCGCCAUUGCAAACGAUUUUGAGCCAUGUCAUUCAGGGUCUCUAAUCAUCGGUUGCUAUCAUCUCGCGGUCCCCAACCAAGUAGUCUACACCUACCAACAUGACUCAGUUCACUUGUCAGUGACUUCAUGGACUUGUGCCAUGUUUUGGUUUGGCCGCCCCUACCUUUCUUCCAACCUACUCCUAUACCACUGAACAUAGCACGUCGAGGCAGUCGGUCGUUGGGCAUACGUAACACAUGUCCCAGCCAUCUCAACUGAUGGAGUUUCACUACGUCAUCAAUUGAUUUGCCACCCUUACCUAGUACCCGCUUCCUAAAAACUGCGUUACUUACUCGAUGGUCCCAGGAUAUACGAGCACUGCUUCGAAGACACCUAUGAUCAAAUACUAGUAAAAUGAGAAUAUCCUCUACUCUUACCGGCCAUGUUUCCCUGCCAUAAAGUAGGACGGAACGAACUGCUGCACAGUAAACACGUCCUUUGGUUGAUUGACAGAUAUCUCACCUACACCAUAAAUGACGCAAGUUGGUAAAAGCUAGUCGAGCUUUCUGUAUCCGUGCUGAGAUUUCGUCAAACACCAGACCACAAGGGCUGAUGAGACUUCCAAGAUAAGUGAAGCAGUCGACACACUCAACUACUUCACUCCCUAUCACUAGUUCGUGUGUCGAUGUAACCCAAUCCUGAAGCAACAUUUUGCAUUUCGAGGGAGAGAAUCGCAUCCCGAACAUGCUUGCAUUGCUGCUUAGAGUGGUCAGAAGACUCUGCAUUUUGUCAGCGUCUUCACCAAAUAAAACUAUGUCAUCUGCAUAUUCUAAGUCAACAAGUGAACCUCCCGGUACAAGUUCAACCCCUGUAAAUUUAGAUGAGGAG